UAAAAUUCCUGUCGCACAUGGUCGCAACAAGAUACCUCGGAGGGCUGCGAACGACUUGUUACGAGUCGUGAUUUGAAAUGCAAUCCCGUUAUCCGGUCAAAGUUUGGGUGCGUGUGUUGUGCACACGUAAGUUAUACAGUUCUAUCUCUCGAUAGGGUACACUUGUCUCCCACACAUACGUCUAGAAGCUGGCUUGGCACAUGAAGUGUUUGUGAAUGGUGAGACGCAAGGACUAUCCUUUCCUGUGAUCCGGCAUUCAAAGCACUCCGUAAUAUAAAGACCCCCACCUGACCAUAUUCUGGACGUGUACGACGUGUACUACAAGAUGCCAUCGUCCUCUAGGGUGUGCUACAGUUAUUCACAGACAGCUACUUGUCGAUUCGGCUCCCAGUGCAGGUUUGAGCAUGACGAAGGGUCCGAAGUCACCAAUGGUCCGUCCAAAACACAGACACAGACACCUCUAGACGAUUUUUUUGCAACAUACCCCACGUUCGACUACGACUCGUCUGCGUCAGCUUCAUCGGAGUUUUACCGGAUGUGCGGCCAGUUUUGCUGGGAUAAGGAAGACAAAGAGAGAGAGAAAGCUCACCAUGAUUUCAAGGACGCCCUUGUUCGGCAGUUCAACGAGAUAUAUGGCACGGAUGUGAAUGAUCUCACUUCAUGGCACAAUUUGUGUGAGAUCGUCCGCAUUUCACCGAUUCCUGACACACUCAAAUCAUGCCGCGAGGCGGUCAAAGCCACUCAUGUCAAUAUUGUUGACUUGGUCGAUACAAAAGUGACCAGGGAACCAGUGACCAGAUUUGUUUCGGAGGCGAAGCUGAGCGAGUAUACCAAAGCGACGGGAAAGUUCUUUCCAACAGAUAAUGCAUAUGCUGGUGGUCUCUUAAGGUACCUGCUCCGCCGUAUCAUGAAUCCUGGACAAGGACGCGUGUCUAGGUCUGGUCAGAAGACGCAGAAGACGCAGAAGACGCAGACCCGGGGCAGGCGUAGGCGUCACUAGAAUCUACGUUCCGAUUCUUAUGUCAUUCUCAUCCGUGGGUUGGAUUGUGCUACAGAAUGCUACAGAGCGGUCUGUAGCAUUCUGUAGUGAAUUACGUUUCCCUGAUGCGCUUGUACAUUAGGUGUCGUUGUAAAGCUUCUAGCUGA